AUUGCACGGAAGUCGGUUCGUUCCGUCAGUGUCCGCGGCACGGGAUAGGUCGGUCGAUCCUUACGCAGCAGGCGCAUUCAUACACGCUCACUUCCACUCAUACUCAAUUCAACAUUCCAAGGGCCGGGUCCUCCUGUCGCUUCUCUUCGACACUACUCUUCGGUAAGUGCGACCGCCCGCUGCAUUGGCAAGUAGCCUUCGUAGAGUCCGCGCACCACAGUAAAACAUCAUCAUGUACGCCUGUAGCCGAUUCAUCGCGCCCGUCACCAAAUCUACUUUGGUCUCCGGCAGCAAGACCUAUCUGCGGCCGUUGAGCAGUGCGGUAAUCAGCCAUAGCAAGUCUUUACAGCAGGAUCAAAUUCAGCCACCCGUCAGUUUGUUACCAGUCGUACGUAACUUCCAAACCUCCACAGUCAGUCGUGACAUUGACUCGGCUGCGAAAUUCAUUGGCGCUGGUGCUGCCACUGUAGGAGUAGCAGGAUCUGGUGCUGGAAUAGGAUCGGUGUUCGGCUCGCUGAUUAUCGGCUAUGCCAGGAAUCCAUCUUUAAAGCAGCAACUAUUCUCGUACGCCAUCCUGGGCUUCGCCCUGUCUGAGGCCAUGGGUCUCUUCUGUCUUAUGAUGGCUUUCCUGCUCCUAUUCGCCUUCUAAGCCACAAUAUCCGCAUAAGAAAUUGCUGAUAUAGUUUUUAGUGCGUCACUGCCAAGGCAGCGUC